UUUUUUGUUUUAUUUGCAGACUUUUAUUUUACUAUAAUUCUAUAUCAAAUGUCUUCCUCAAGAAAUAAACGUAGAAAAGUUGCCAUUGCAGUUAGUAAUUUCUUGAAUAUCACAAAUGAAUAUCAAGAUGAUAAUGUCCAUUUGGAGAAAUCCAAAAACUUAAACGACCAUUCUGAUUGUUCUGAUUUUGAACCUGUUUCAGAUACUUCAUUGCAUGAAGAAUGUAAUGGAGAUGAAUCUCCAUUACAUUCUUCAUGCAAUGAAGUAUCUACCAGCAGUGAUUCUGGUGGCGAAAAUCCAAGUGAAUUUGAGUUGCAAGUUAAGUUACGUGAUUAUGCAAUUGAAAACAAUAUACCUUAUGCAACAAUGGACAAAUUGUUAUGUAUUUUAAAACCUUAUCAUACUCAAUUACCAAAGUUUUCAAAAACAUUAUUAAAUUCAAAACCUGUAACAAUUAGAAUUGUGACUAAUGGUGAAUUUUUAUAUAUUGGUGUUGAACCUUUUCUUCAAACAUUGAGUGUGUCUAACCCAUCGAUUAUCUGUUUGCAAUUUAAUAUUGAUGGUGUUCCAAUCUAUCACAAUUCUGAAAUAUCAUUUUGGCCAAUUCUGGUAAAAAAAGUUAACGAUUCAUUGUCACCAAAAGUUGUUGCUAUUUUUAGUGGAAGGAAAAAACCAAAUUUACAAGAGUUUUUUUCCCAAUUUAUUACUGAGAUAAAUCAUCUUAAAAGCAAUGGUGUUACAAUUAACUCACACUUGUGCAAUAUUCAUAUAACUAAUAUUGUAUGUAAUGCCCCAGCACGUGCAUUUAUUAAGUGCAUAAAGUAUCAUUCAGGAUAUUCCAGCUGUGACAAGUGCACUGUAGAGGGUGAAUGGCUAAACAAGGUUGUAUUUUUAGAAACAGAUGCACCCUUGAGAACAUUAGAAAGUUUUGUUUCUAGAGAAGAUGAUAGUCAUCAUAUUGGUGUGACACCUUUAUUAGGAAUUCCUAUUCAUCCAAUUAAUAGUUUUCCAAAUGACUAUAUGCAUUCUGUCUGUCUGGGGGUAGUACGAAAACUUCUAAAUUUUUGGUCUUCUGGACCAUUCAGUGUUAAGCUAUCUUCGCAAUCACUAAAAACAAUAUCAGCUCGAUUAAUUCAUGUUUCAUUGUUCUUUCCAUCAGAUUUUAACAGAAGACCUCGUUCAUUGGAGAGUAUGAAUAAGUGGAAGGCAACAGAAUUCCGAUCAUUUCUCCUUUAUUCAGGGCCUAUUGUUUUGUGUGAUGUUCUUAGUAAACCAGUUUAUGAACAUUUUCUUAUUUUACAUAGUUCCAUAUUUCUAUUAUGUAGGUCACAAGAGCAUGAAGUUAUUAAAUAUUGUGGUGAGUUGCUGAAAAUAUUUGUUACAAAGGCUGUUGCCUUGUAUGGCAAAUCAUUUAUGUCAUAUAAUGUGCAUUCUCUUAUACAUCUGCAUAAUGAUUGUUUACAAUUUGGACCGCUUGGCAAUUUUUGUGCUUUCCCCUUUGAAAAUGCUCUUGGUCAUUUAAAACGAAGAAUUCGAAGUGGAUAUUUGCCGCUUCAGCAAGUAGCUUCUAGUCUUUCUGAUAACAAAUCUGAACAUUCUAGGAAAGUACACACUGAUGGAGUUUCCCUUCAACAUUGUAGUGGGCCUUUACCAAAUCAGGACCAUUUUUUGCAAUAUAAAGUGUGCCAUUAGAAAAAUCAAAGGUUUUCAAGCGGUUUGCGGGAUAGUUCAGUUAUGGUAGGACAAAAGUGCUAUCAAAUAGUUAACAUAUUAGCAGAAGACUUAAAAAAUCCAUUAUUCUUAGCCAGGUGUUUUACUGUGCAAACAAACUUUUAUGACGUUCC